AUGAGCAAUGAAGAAAAUAAUUAGGAAGAAGAAUAAUUAUAAAAAAGACAAAGGCGACCAAGAUAGCAUACUAAUGAAGAAGAAUCAGAUAAAUUUUGGAAAAAUAAUUAAUAUUUUGCAUAAGCAUAAAUAGAUGAUGAUGAUUCAGAAGAAUAUAAUCCAUAAUAAUCAUUAUCUGGAUCUGAAGAAAUUUCAUAAGAGAAUGAUGCCUCUGAUUUUAUAGAUUCAUUAGAAUAAUGGUAAGAUUGUUCAGAUUCACAAGAGUAAUAAAAAUAAAUAGUAUAAGAAUCACCUUCUUAAAGCUUUAUUAAAUUAAUGAAAAAAAAUUUAGAACAGUUUUCUACAAUGAGAGGUUUACAUACAUAAGUUGAUAUAUCUACACUAGAUCGUUUAGGUUAAACAUCUUAUGUUUAUUAUAAUGAAUAGUAGAAAUUUAAAGAUUAAUUUAAAGAUGUUUUAAAUAGAUUUUACAAAGCUAUUCCUCAUGAUAAAUAAAGAAGAGGAGAUGACGAUUAAAGUAAAUGCAAAACCGAAUUUCAUGGGGAUUUAUUUGAUUUUGAAGAUAAGAGGUAUUUUAUUGACAUUGAAAUUUUAUAAUUGCAACGCAUACUGAAGUUAUUCAAAAAUCAACAAUUUGAUUCCUAUCUUGCUUAUAGAAAAUUAACAAGAGAUUAAAAUUUGGAUUAUGAAUAAUGUAUUAAAAAUUAAAUAGUUCUAUUAAAAUAAAAGAAAAGAUAAUUAGAAGCUUAAUAAUUAGAAGAAAAAAGAUGCUUCGAUUUAUCUAUAGAUUAAUAAUAUUUUUUAAAAUUAAAAGAACAUCUCAAGUUCUUAAGUCCAAGAUAUAUUCAAUUUUAAAGUAAUUUGAAGUAUGAUAAAUUGUAAUAAAAUGAUACAUCUUUUUUAAUAUAUCCUUCUGAUGAAUAACCUUUCUGGCUUUUUUAAUACCAAGAAAAAUUUCAUCUUUUUAAAUAGAAAAUUGAAUUACUUUAAGCUCCAAUUUAUUUUUAUAGUUUUUCUGAUACUAAUGCUUUAAAAAUCACAUCUCAUCUUAUUUUAAAAUCUAUAAAAUAAUUAGAAGAGAUAUCAAAAGAUAAACAAAUUACAAAAAUAUUUAUUGUUUUAAUAAAAGCUCUCUUUAGUAUUGAUAUUCCUGAAUCAGAUCUUAUUUUCAAUUCAGAACUUUUAAAUGAAGAAAUUAUAACUAUAUUAACUUCUUAAGAAAAAUAGAAUCUAGCUAAUUCAUAUAUGUAAGAUAAACCAUCUCACAUACCAGAGGAUCCAUUGAUAGAAGCUAAAACAAAAUUACAAUUUUAUCCAAAUUUCAAAAAUGAUGAAUAUGCACUUUAUGUAAGACCUGUAUUUGAAUAUUCAAUAAGAUUUCUGAGUGAAAUCUACUUAAUUAUUAAAAAAAUAACUUAAGCAACAACAAAAAUAACAUACAACAAUAAAGAAUAUAUGAUUGGAAAUUUAAUUAUAGAAUGUUGUUAUAAAUAUUUAGAAGAUGAAAUUUCAUUUGCAGCUUGGCUUACUAUUUGUAAAUCUAUCUUCAAAGAAUAGGAUUCAAUAGAAUUAUAAUCUUUAAUUUUUUUAGUGUAAAUGUUUCGUAAAUUAUUUUAUUAAUAUGAUGAAUGGACAGUUGAAUUAUUAAUUAAUUGGAUAUAUAAAGUUUUAGGAGAGGAUACAAAAAUUUUGAAUUAACAAAUUUAAUUAUCUAGUGUUAGUAAUCAAAAUAUUCUAAUGAAAAUGAAAAACAAUGUGGAAUUAUAAAAUGCUAAAAUGGCAAGAAUUCACAUAGUCGAUAGAUUAAUGAUCAUACAUAUCUUUGAAUUUUCAUAAUUAUAUUGA